AGGUAGUUCCCAUCACUAACAUCACUCAAAAGCUUUUCUGUUGUUUUUCUGGCGAAAUAAUUUGUUUGAUUUCGAGCUAAAACUCAACAAUCCGUCCAUUUAAGAGGAUGAGUUCAGUGUCCUAUUCCUUAGUUAUUUCACAGACAUUCACAAGAAAAGUAUAGUUGGAAGGAAUAAACCAAAAGCAAUGGAAGUCGAAACAAACAGUGGUACCAGUACCUCUACUUCCUCCGACAAAAUUAAGUCAUCCCAAACUCCAGUGCUGAUUAUUUCUGAACGACGUCGUGACACUCCUCGCAUUAGGGGGAAAAAAAAGGAGGCUCCUACUGAGGUUCCUACUUCUACAGAUCGAGAGCAGCCCAAAAUUACCAUUAAAACAUUUCCAACGAUUCUAAGCAGAAUUAUGUUAAAGUCUAACGUUCCACCUGUACUUCCCCCAAACGAUUAUCCGUACGCCCAUGCCUACGCCCAAACUUUGUGUUUCCUGUGUCUGGAAAAGCCAGCCGAACGGAAGUGGCUAUACCAUAUGUUCCUGUCAACGGAUAAGACUCUGGGGAAGGACUCCGAGGCAGUGACAACCAUGUACAGGAAUCGAGCCGACAUCAUCAAGGUUAACCAAUUAACAAUAAGUACAAUCUGUGCACGGUCACUGUACCGCAGUGUUCAAAAACACUUUUCCGAUGCAGUGUGGAAUAAGCAAGGGAAUGUUUUCGAGAUGGAAAAGAUCGGAUCCAGAGACAUCUGGGUGGUUCACGGUAAAGUGAACAAGUUGCACGCUGCGGAAGUGGAAAAACUAUUAAAUUACAUAAAGUACUUAAACAUUACAAAGAGCUGAGCAAGUACAAGCUUUAACUAUCUGAAUUGUGAUAUCGUCUUCUACAUAUGUAUUUAAUAAAACUCUUCUUUAAACAUACUUGU